ACAGUCACUUUUUCAGAAAAUCAGGGCAUUCCCAAACUCAAACCAAUUCAGAGCCCCUGGACAUAAACGUUUGGGACAGAGGGCAAGAAAUUUAGACUCCAAAGUUGGUUCAAGAAGGCGGGCAGUUUCGAGCCCUACUUUUUUGUCCUGGGGGAAGCGAUCAUUAGCAUGGAAGAGUGACAGGGACCGGCAGGCGCGUGCCCCCUUAUCGCAGCCCCACUGGCCUUGCUGCGUUGAGUUCUCCUGAGGGGUCAAGGGCUUGGUUCAGCGCGAAGUAAACCCUUGAGGAAGAAUAGCGGCUCUUCUAGAGCGGUCUUAACCAGGUCUUAGUAGUCUCAGCUUACAGGUGGAAGCGUAAUGCCCCGCCCAGUUCUGUGCGGAGACCCUGCCACUCAGCCUUUGAGACCCUGUUUGGGGCCGGGGUCUAUCCAGGGUCCUGAUCGCUACCGUGCAAACCUAGAGGAGCCGCCGCUUCUUACACAUGUAUUUCUGUGUGGUGGGAAGUGCACCAACAGUUCCUACGUCUCCUUCCCGACAGACUUGGGGACGGGGAGGGAGUGCAGAAAAAUCAGCACUGAAAGGGUAAUACGCGGUGCUAGAGGAUGACCCUAAACUAAGGGGAAGUUCUUUAUGGGGCCCAAAAUCUGGAUUUCUCUCUCUCACAGUGGGCCUCCUCUUCAGGGAGCCAUUUCAGGGACAGCUGGACAGGUGGGUGGUUCUGAGGCUGGUUCACAGGACUAUCCCAGUUUUCUUCUUGGGAGCCAGGGUGCUCUGCCCUGUUUCUUCCUCUUUAGCGGGAGGUAGCGAACGUCAGCCCAGAGCUGAAGUAGCUAAUGCUGGGUUGAAUGGGGCCCUUGCUAAGAGAAAAAGGUAGCUGUGAAUACUUAGCAGGCAGGUUUGCCCAGGAGAUGAAGGGAUAUAUACGGGGGCUUUAAGGUCUCAAGCACUGACAAAGCUUACGCCCUGGGCUGGUCUGGGUUUCUUUAUCAUUAGUUCUCUCUUUACCCCUCUCAUUUCCAGGAAGCUUGGGCAGCCAGGUACUCAGAUGUCUUGGGAGUUAAGAGUGAGGGAGGCAAGUCUCCUUACUUUUGGGGGCAGGGGUUGGGGAGUGUUAAAUGGGAAUGGAGCCUACAGAUGAGAUAGGUAUAUGCUUCUCAGGGUGGAGGCAACAAUCCAUGCUUGAGAAAGCCAGGAAUAGGGCUGUGAGGUCUGUAUCCCCUAAGCCCCUUGCAUAAGGUGAUGGGGAGCAUGUAGGGGCAUAGGCAGGAGGUGCCCUGGAGACAGGCCUUAGCUUUCCCACAGCUGCUAGGACUUCAGACUGCAGUGAGGGAGUGUGAGCAUUUGCUGUCUAUCUGGAAGAAGGAAAAUAGGCCCUAGUUUAUGCCUCAGAUCUAGGAAGAGAGAAAUCUAUUAUUUCUGAGCCCCUUCCUGAGACCAGAGAAGACCCUCUUUAGCUGUCACUGGUUUAGCUGUCAUUGGUAAUGGUCGGUAACCUAGCUGUCUGCCUAAAAACCAGCGAUCAUUUAAUGUUUUACUUUUUGAGAGAUGGGGGCUCUCCUUGACACUUAGGAGUUUCUGGGAGGAGGAGUAAAAGGGGCGAGCGAACCUGCGUUAAUGAAUCCCGUAAGGAACUGCGUUUCCCAGGAAAUUCCUGACAUUUUUAGCUCGUGAAUUUCCUAAAGCCUGCUUGGUUUUCUCUUCCAUCUGGGUCCUUCCAGAGAGGAAGAGUGGGCUAGGGGCUGAAGGCUCGGCAGGGCCUGGUUUAUCCGCAGAGCUGGCCGGCAACCCAGGCUGGGCUCAGCCCUGAACAGGGUGCCCCCCUUCCCCAAAUCUCAGGAGGAGGAGGGGGAGGCAGGCGGGCAGUCGUUGUCCCACAGCGGGCUGGUUGAAGGUUUUGGGGUGAGUGUGGGGUUUCUUUUUGAUUGUUGCUUGGGGAGAAGGGCAGAGCCAACGGGAAAAGGCACUGCGGGCACCCCGGCCCUGGUGCGGCUGCCGUCCUCUGCUCGGCUCCCCCCUGCCGAUCUCGCGAGAGUGGCUGACUGGCUGUGGGGGUUGCGGCGGCAGCAGGCGGAGCCGGGGAGGGAAAGCAGCGGCGGCUGAGGCGACUGAGGCGGCGGCGGGCGGAGCGGCAGGCGGCGGCAGCGCGGCGGCGGAGCGCAGCAUCAUGGCGGACCGAGACAGCGGCAGCGAGCAGGGUGGUGCGGCGCUGGGCUCGGGCGGCUCCCUGGGGCACCCGGGCUCGGGCUCGGGCUCCGGCGGGGGCGGUGGUGGCGGCGGGGGCGGCGGCGGCGGCAGUGGCGGCGGCGGCGGCGGGGCCCCGGGGGGGCUGCAGCACGAGACGCAGGAGCUGGCCUCCAAGCGGGUGGACAUCCAGAACAAGCGCUUCUACCUGGACGUGAAGCAGAACGCCAAGGGCCGCUUCCUGAAGAUCGCUGAGGUGGGCGCGGGCGGCAACAAGAGCCGCCUCACUCUCUCCAUGUCAGUGGCCGUGGAGUUCCGC